AUGUUCAAGCCCAAGGGUUUAAAUAUAUCUAUAUCAACUCUCUUCAAAAAUACGCGAGCCAAUGAAACUUCCUUGAAUUUAAUUUCAUGAUUGGGAUUUCUUUGUCUGGCACAAAAGUUGUCUGGCUUGAAUUUCCUUGCUCUUCAUGGGAUUUUGAUCUGGGAACAGGUUUGGCAAAUAACAGUCCAAUUGAUUGUCCUUAUUUUGCAGAUUCAACUGAAAAUGGAAUAG